AUGUCCGCGUCACGAGCCCAGUACGCUGGCUUUGCGGCCGUCCGCAACUCAGUGUAUAACUUGUUCAUGCGUCGGUCCUCUGUGUUUGCGAUUGUUAUCGUGGCCCUGGGGUAUGCUGGAUCGGAGGCAAUGAAUAAUUCAGUGGAGCGCGCUUGGGAGCGAUACAACAAAGGCAAGCUAUGGAAACACCUCGAGGCUGAGGUGCGGGCGAAACAAGCCCAAGAGGCAGCCGCAGCUGUUGCGGCGGCGACGGCGUCGGACUCCGAAACAGCUCAGACUGCGGACUGA